GCCCCGGACUCGGUAGGCUCCGCGCACCGCGCUCUCCCCCGCCUACUGGCCCUUGAGAGCUGCGCUCCCGGCUGACUCUGGGACGCCGCACUCCCCGCUGCUGCCACGGCCAGCACGGGUGCCACGCGCCGCCACCGCCGCUGCCGAGCCGCCACCACUCGCUCGCCGCCCACCAUGGCCCCGCAGCAAACAGGUAGCAGGAAGCGGAAAGCACCCGCCAUCGAGGCGGCCGCCGCGAGCUCGUCGUUGAAGGGCGCGGAGGCGGGGGCGGACCGCGAGGGCCCGCUGCUGCCCAAGAAGCAAAAGCGGCCAGCAACGCGGCGCUCGCUUCUGCACUACUUGAAGGGCCGCGAGGUGGGCGCGCGGGGGUGCGCGGGGAUUCCGGGCUUCCACGGCAAGCUGCGCGGCUACGCGGUGCAGAAGCUGCCCGAGCUGCUGCGCGAGCGGGAGCUGGCCCUAGGCACCCUCAACAAGGUGUUCGCUUCACAGUGGCUGAACGCCAGGCAGGUGGUGUGCGGCACUAAGUGCAACACGCUCUUCGUAGUGGACGUGCAGUCGGGCCAGAUCACGCGCAUCCCAAUGCUGCGGGACCGAGGAGCGGGACUUGCCCGGGCCCAGCCGAGCUGUGGUAUCCACGCCAUCGAACUGAAUCCCUCCCAGACGUUUCUGGCCACCGGGGGCGAGAACCCCAACAGCCUGGCUGUCUACCAGCUACCCACCCUGGACCCCUUGUGCCUGGGUGACCGCCAGGGCCAUAAGGACUGGAUCUUCGCCAUCGCCUGGAUGAGUGACACAGUGGCUGUGAGCGGUUCCCGCGACGGCACUGUGGCGCUAUGGAGGAUGGAUCCCGAUACAUUCACUGGCAGCAUCGCCUGGCACAACGACGCGGGGCUCCCGGUGUAUGCCCACAUCCGUCCAAGGGACGUGGAGACCAUCCCCAGGGCUAGCACCAACCCCAGUAACCGCAAGGUGCGGGCCCUGGCCUUCAAUCGCAAGAACCAGGAGCUAGGAGCAGUGUCCCUAGAUGGCUAUUUCCACUUGUGGAAAGCCCGGAGCACCCUGUCUAGGCUGCUGUCCAUCAGGCUGCCCUACUGCCGGGAGAACGUGUGCCUGACCUACUGUGACGAGUUGUCCCUGUACGCGGUGGGCUCCCAGUCCCACGUCUCUUUCCUGGAUCCCCGCCAGCGCCAGCAGAACAUCCGGCCCCUGUGCUCCAGAGAGGGUGGCACCGGCGUGCGCUCCCUGAGCUUCUACCAGCACAUCAUCACGGUGGGCACUGGCCAUGGCUCCCUGCUCUUCUAUGACAUCCGCGCCCAGAAGUUCCUGGAGGAGAGGGCCACGACCAGCCUGGACUGCUCUUCUCCGGGCCCCGCAGGGAAGAAGCUCAAGCUCACCUGUGGCAGAGGCUGGCUCAACCACGAUGACCUGUGGGUGAACUACUUCGGUGGCAUGGAUGAGUUCCCCAAUGCGCUUUACACUCACUGCUACAACUGGCCUGAGAUGAAGCUCUUUGUGGCUGGGGGGCCUCUGCCUUCAGGCCUACACGGGAACUAUGCAGGCCUCUGGAGCUAAGGAUGGUGGCAGUGUUCUCUAAGUGCCCAGAUUUUCCUUCAAGUCCCCUCUCACUCUCCUUCACACUGUUUGUGCGUUUAACUCCGUAUAGAUUUUAUCCUCUGGGUAGAAAGUGCCCAGCUUACCUAUACUUAGUGGUUAGGCUGAGAGAGAGAAAGCAAAAGUGGUCUUUGGGGCAAUCAAAACUUACCUUUAAUAUUUUUCUGCACCUCUCCCAACACUACCAUCUUUUUUGCCUUCUUCUACAAAGAAUUUUGGCUAAUCCUUAAUUGUGUUCUCUCUUUGAGUGAUUCACAUAUGUUCUUUCUCUGGGCUGGUGCAGUUAUGGUUCUUAUUACAAUUCAGUACUUUUGUUUUACCAAUAUUUCAACAGUAUGUUCAGGUCUAUUACACAUUUCUGAUGAAUGGUAUUUUUGGAAAAUGUGUGCUAAAAAGUGUCUUUUGAGCUGGUCUGAGGAAUAACCCAUCAUAUAACAGAGCAGGUUGAUAGCCCUCCUCCAAUUAGAAAAUUAAUUUCAUGUUGUAGAUUGCCACCAUUUGGGCUUGUUUCAUUUGGAUGUUGGAAACUCAGUGUUUGUUGUUUGCAUAUUGUUGGUGCAUAAAAUAC